AUGGAUGGGGACGGUAUGGGGCACCCGGCCUCUAUGUGCCACGAGUGCGACGAGCACACCCUGCACGAGCCCGACGACGUCCUCACCUGCCUAGAGUGCGGCUACACCGCCUGCGGGUCCCCCCCCCGCCGCCACAUGCUCCGCCACUGCCUCACCCAGCCGGGGGACGGCCACUGCUUCGCCGCCAGCCGCGAGCGCGCCGAGAUCUUCUGCGCGCGGUGCUGCGACUACGUCUACGACGUGGAGUUCGACACCGCCGUGUCCCGCGUCGACGACAGCUUCGGCCUGCACACGGAGUGGGACAACGGCGGCGGCUGGGGGGCCGGCGGCGGUAGCGCCAGGGACGGGGAUGCCUGCGUCCGCGGGCGCCGGCGCCGGCGCGCGCGCGGGGACGGGUUUUACCGGGUGGAGCGGGCGUCGCCGCCGCCGGUGCUGCUGUCGCCGGCGAGAAGCCGACUGGUCGCUGCCGGUGUAAGGGGUAUGUUCAACCUCGGGAACACUUGCUUCAUGAGCUCUGUGCUGCAGGCGGUGCUCCACAUCUCUGUGAUGCAGUCGUUCUUCUCCGAGAAAGGCCACGAGCCGUCUCGCUGCGAGAAACUCCGCAAGGAGACCACCAAGCUGCGUAGUCAGAUCCUUCAGUACGACUCCAACGCGUCGUUUGAUAAUCAUCCGGGAGCUGGCAGAGGCAGUGCGGGGGGAGGGGGGAAGGAUGGUGGGGGUUCGGAGAAGAUGACGAUUGCCAAGAAAAUCGGGGAGUACUGCAUCGCGUGCGAGCUUGCCCGGCUGUUUCAUGACAUGUUCUCGACAGAAGCCGCCGCCGCUACGCUCGGAGACACGGAGCCGUACGUGCCCCACCGGCUCCUCGAGGCCGUGUGGAGCGCGUCGGAGUUUCUGGCCGGGUACGAGCAGCAGGACGCGCACGAGUUCUUGAUCGCCGUGCUGGACAGCCUCCACGGACACCUGGACCGCGCCGCCAGGGACGAGUCGAACGCGCCGGUGCUUCGGCGCACGCUGGCGGCCCACAAGCUGCGCGCCAAGCAGAAGCAGAAGAAGCAGGAGGCUGCUGCGGCGGCAGCGACGGCGGCGGCGACGGCUGCUACGGCCCAAGAGUCGAAGGGACAGCUGCCGUCUCAACCACCAAAGAAGCAGCAGAAGCAGCAGCAGCAGCCGAAGAAGGCAGGAAAGCAAAACGGCGGCGGGAAGAGCAGCGGUGGCGCGACGCAGCAGCCGCCGCCGUCGGCGGCAGCGGCGGCGAAAGCGGCAAAGGCCGCGGCGAAGGCGGCGGCCGGGGGAGGGAAGGGUGAAGGCGAGACGGCAAAGAACAGCCGGAAACGCAGCCGGAGCGCUAGCGGCGUGGCGCCGGAGGCGGCUGCCGCUACUGCUUCCGCGUGGGAGGGCCGGCCACCAUUACCCGGAGGCCACAACAGCGGGGACGGCCACGAGAGGGGUUGCGCACCCCCGGGACACCCUUCUGCUACAGGCUGGCAAGGAGAAAACGGUGCCCCGCAUCCCGCUACGUCGGCAUGGCAGUCCAAUGGUGAUAGCGGUGGCGAUAUGUUCGCGCAAUCUGAGCACGCGAACGGUUUUUCGGCGUCUUCGUCAUCCUUUCCGUCAAACAGAAACGCUCUGCCUCGCGCGACUACAGCCGGACGGGGCGGCUAUAACGACGGCGAAACGGUGUGGACAGAAGACCGAUGGGGAGGGGAAGAAGAGGAAGGGGCGGCGGCAAGAGCUAAGGUUGGCAAUGGCACUGCCAAGAAUGGGAGUAUGUUGAACGGCCAGUGUCUGGAGGACCUAAACCUGGCUGGAUUCGUCCAGGAGGUUUUCGCCGGGGUUACUCGUUCGGACGUCGUGUGCACCGCUUGCGGGCAUGUUUCGUGCACAUAUGAGCGUUUCCUCGAGGUGUCGCUGCCGGUACGCCCCGGUGAACAUGAGAGGCGUCAGCAGCAGCAACAACAAGAGGAGAGGGAGAAGCUGGAGCAGGAGAAGCUGGAGCAGGAGAAGAAGCAAGAGGCGGGGCAGACGCAGGGACGCAUGCAGGAAAACGGGGUAGCGGGAUGUUCUGUGCCUAGCUCAACGGCGCGAACGGAGAACGGUGGCGGGGUGCCGGCGAAGGCGGCGGCGAUUUUAGGGGUUGCCGACGAUGUCGCCUCCGCGACCGAGAUGCCCAAUAGCGGUAGUGCCGGGGUGACGGCCACCUCCCCUUCCUCCGCCUCUUUGUCUUCCUUGUCGUCUCUGUCCUCCUCCGCGUCAUCGUCGCUACCCCCGUCGGUACAAGGGGCGCAGGCACCGCCGGCCAGCGCACUACGUCCCGCCACCCCUACUUCUAGCUCGGCACAGCCUCGGCAACAACAAGUCGACCCAUCGUCGGGAAGGAGCAGCCCGGCAGGGAGUUGCGCCGGCGGCGGCAGCUGCAAGGAUAACGACCCGCCGCCGAGCGAGGCGUCGCAGGCAACGACGCCGAGCACCGGCCGCGUAUCCCCGGCGUCCGCGACUUUCUCUGACGACGGAAGCGGUCGCUUCUCGAGCGCCGCCGCCGCCGCCCCCGCGCUAGACGCAGGGGAAGGAAGGGCGUCGCCGACCCGGAACCAGCAGCAACCGGCCGCCGCUGCCGCCAAGGAGGAGAAGAGAAGGGCAUCGCCCUCUCCCAGGAGGGCGGGCGGGGGGAGGCGCGGCGGCAGCAAGAGCAGGAGUGUUGCGACGGGACCGACCCGGAGCAUCACCGACUGCUUCGCGAGGUUCGCGGCGAGGGAGAGCUUAACCGUGCGCAUGGCGUGCGACUCGUGCUCGGCCGCGUCCGUGUGCAAGACCAAGCAGAUGUCGUUCUGCUCGCUCCCUCGGGUGCUCGUCCUGCACCUAAAGCGCUUUGACGCCAUGGCCGACAGAAAGAUUGACGACUUCGUGAGCUUCCCAGCUAGAGGCUUGGACAUGGGCAAGUACCUCACCGGCUGGCCGGCAGCUGCGGCCUCGUCGAGCGCGGGAGGGGUGACUUCCGGAGCAUCCCCGUCCUCUUCACCUCCUCUGGAUACCGGGACAGCAAAGGGCGCCCCCCCCGCCACCCCGGCCGCGGCCGGCGCAAAGGCUGAGCUUUCGGGCGACGUGCCGGCGCCGUCCCUGCCCUACGACCUCCUUGCGGUGGUGAACCACUCGGGCGGCAUGGCGCAGGGGCACUACACGGCGUUCGUGAAGGAGAUCGGCCGCUGGUUCCGGUUCGACGACACGUGGGUGCAUGAGGUGGAAGAGGAGGAGGUCCUGUCCAGCGAGGCCUACAUCCUCUUCUACUUCCAGAGGGGCGCCGACGCGGCCUGGAGGCCGACGCCACCGGCGGCGGCCACAAACGGAAAGAGGCGUUUGUCGGUACCUUAG